CCCCCUCUUCUUGCAGUACAGAAACAGGUGACAAACGACUUCGAUCAGACAUCCAGACGAAACCUGUUGGGAAAGUAAAUAUGGCUACGGAUGGAGGAACUUGGAACAAUUUGCCCAGUGUGAUUUUGCUUGAAGUCUUCAAGUAUUUGCCUCGAAACGACACAAUUAGUGCAUCAUCAACUUGUAGACAAUGGAGGCAAAAUUUGUAUCAUGGAAGUUUGUGGAGAAAUCUAACAUUCGAGAUAAAUUCGCAUGAAGAAGAUACAGCCUCUCGUAACAGAUUCCUAACCAGCUGUUUCGCACGAAAACUUCGCAGCGCAAUUGUCAAGUUUGACUCUCUAGACCCAUUGUGCGUGGAAGAAGCUGCUCGGAUUGUCCGAAAGCUGAUCAACAACCCAGAACUGCGGAAACUUCAUUUAAUACCUAGCAAUUGCCGUAUUGAACUUCCUGACGAUGAGCGCCAGAAACAGCUAUUGGAGAGGCGUGGGAUUCAGAUGUUACAAAAGGUUGCUACCAGCUUGCAAAUGGAAGAACUAACCUUGGGUUGCAUGGAAGAUAUUACAUCAUAUUCCAAGGACCUCUUAAAUCUUCUUGUUGAGAAUCAGUCAUCUACAUUACGCAUCUUAGGUCUUGCCACCUUGAAAGAUGAUCCAGAUGAUUACCUCCUUCCUGAAAUUGAUGGUUCCCUAUUCCAAAAUUUCCGCCACUUGCAGCCCCUCAUGUGAAUUACGUCUCACCCUUGUUCAUUCUUAUGAUGCUGUUGGAGUUCUUCAUAACACUAUUCUUCGCCCAUCCAUGCCUUUAUCACACCUUAGAGCACUUUUCUGUGAACAGAUCAACGUGCUAGCUCUGCAGAAAGUUUCAAUGUGGUAUGCCAACACCUUGCGCUCCAUCUACUGGGUAGAUUCGUUGCAAUCAGCAGGAACCAACACACUCCUUGACUUGGAAGAAGGGCCAUUUACAAAUCCAGAUCAGAUCAUUCCAAAUCCUCUUAUUAUGUGUGCUUGGCGCUGUAUCAAACUUGAAGAAAUAGUUUUGCUGGGCUACAAGCUGUGGGAAACUGAAGUGCUUGCAAUAUUUAGGCUCCGGCCAAGUCUUCAUCACUUUGAUGUUUGGGAUGGUGAUAUUUUGCUGGAUGAGUCAGAGAGCUUGGAGAGUUUUCAGCAGGGCUUGAGCAAUGAAAUAGGAACCAGUUGGGAGCCAAUGAAUGAUGGUAAUCUAAAUGAGGUUAUUUUGAACCCUCACAAUGGAGAUUCUGAUGAGUAUGUUCUCCCAGUUGUUAUCAAUGAUCUUAUGGCCUAGUGUCAGGAAGAGUAGCAAGUUGUCUGAUGUUUCAUGAUCAUUGUUUGAGAUUGAGGUUUUUUGUGAUCAUGCUAUAUGUUUUUUUAGAAGACCAUUUAGGAGAAAGGAAGUUUUCUGUAUUUUCAAAUUUUGAACAUUCCUUAAAAUUUUAUUGUGUGUUUAAGGGGCAGACUAUCUUAGGUUACUAAAAUUACCUCUAAAGUUUAUUUUUAGAAAAAUCGCUUGCCUCUUUUGUUCCAUAUUUGCAGCAACUAUUUUAAAUCUGGUCCCUUACAAUUUCUAUGUGUUUUAAAUUCUAUGUGAUUGAAGUGGUGACAGUAAUUUCCUUUCUCCCAAAUCAUCAGUCAAUUGUACAAAGUCAUCUUUAGAGAAUUGUGAUCAGUUACUCAAAUGAAACAUUGUUCUUUGAGAGUGGUGAAAAGGGCUGUGUGUGUACAAGAGUAAUAGAGAAGUACUGUACCAAGUUUUAAGCUUUCAAGAAAGCCUUAGUGGAAGUAAGACCUGUGAUCUUGUUAGAACUAAAUGGAAGAUACAAGUUUGAGUGAACCUCAGUCUGUUUGAGGAAAGUUAUCCUAAUUGAAUUGUUAAUGGUUUAUAACCAUCUGUAACAUUUAUGAAUUUAUAAGUUCUGAAUGAUCUGCCUCUGUUGAGGAAUAUGCAAAUUAUGGAAGGAAAUUUUAUUAUAUUUUGUUAUUGAAUUUAUAGGUAUUAUUUUUCCGAAAAAAAGGUUAUUUGGCUUAUCAUCUUGGUCAAAUUUUUUCGGUGUUUUGAUUUUUGUCAUCAGCUUGAACAAAUCGAAUGCAUUAGUGAACUGCUGAUGACACAAGGUGUACUUCCAUCCAUGAUGCCAUAAAGUAGUGCUUGAAAUGACAAUUAUUUUCUAUCUGAAAAAUGCAUUGAUAGAUGUUGAGCUGCUAGUUAUAUAAUAUAAAGACUAUCACAUGAGGAAUAUUCAGAGAAAGAUGCCUCACCUUGUUAUCUUUUUUUGUUUUUUUCAUCUCAGUCUAUUCAAAUAUUUGUGCCAAACAUGGCAAGUAUUAUGUUUAUUUUUUUUUCUUCUAGAUUUGUUAGUGUGUUGAAACUUCUGUGAAUACCUGAAGUUUUGUUAUUCAUGAUAAUCAAAUGAAAGUUUUAUCCAGAACUCUACUGGAGAGGGCAGAAAUUUUGAAGCAUAUACCAAAGACAUUGCAAACAUCCUUUUAUUGGUACUUGCGCGGAAUUUUCAUUAUCAGGCACCAGACAUUAUUUCAUUUGCUGUCACCAGGCUGGCACGGACAACAUAUGUUAUUAACAUUUUGCACUCGUAUCGAUGCAUUCAGUUUUGCAUUUUAACAGCAGGUAUUUUAAUAUCACGGUUGUCUUAUUUCAUCAUUUCUUUUAUAUCAUUGAUUCUUGCAUUUCUGUCCCUAUGUUCAUUCCUAGUAAUGCGGCUAUGCAGUAUAAUUUUUAUUGUGGUCUGAGAGAGAGCUCGACACAACAGUAUUCAUUGAUUGAGGUCUUAUGUCUAGUAUUUGGCUGAAACUCUCUUGUAGCCUUCCCAUUUAACUAUUAAUCACAUUUUAAAUCACUCCCAUAUAUAUCUCUGUUGUUAGUCAUAAAUUUUUAUCAUUGUUUAUUGGUAGGCUAGUUCCUUAGUCAUCAAGUCUCAGCUGGCCGUUCAAAGCCUGUGUUAUGUACUUAAUUGGGGGUAUAUAUUUUAUAAUACCUCAAGCAGGACUUGAGGUGAUAUUUUGUACCCAUUGAUGCAUUACCAAACUCUAAGUUUGGAUUUAACAUUCAGAUACUACUGUUAACUUUUGUGGUGUGGCAUCUUUCUCUGAAUUUUUCUUUUUGUUUAUAUUUUUGAACUUGUACAAGUGGAAACAAGUGAAAGAACUAUUAAUUGUUGUCUGGUAAUGUCCAUUCAUACUUAAGUUUUGUGAGGAUGCAACAGGUUUACAUUCUUGACCAAGUAGAUGUUGUAAACAAUGUCCUGUGAAACGUUUAAAAUGAUCAUGAACAUGUCACUUUAAGCGAAUUCCUCCUACUAUGGAUCUUUAACGCGCCUCGCUGGCAAGUCCUCUCUGCCAGACACAUGCCAUCAGUUAUACUGGCUAGUACCAUUUUUAUCUAGGGGCAUAAUUUUAAUAGAGAGGAUAGCUUUUCUGAAGUUACCUACAUAAGUUUUUUGAUUUGCCAUGCGGCCUUUCAGAACACGAGCGAUCAUGUUUUAACUGUUGUCAUUAUUCCAUGUUUGAAAAUGAUGUCUUCUAUUUCCCUGUUAAAUGUGAUAUGUUAGACAUGAAACAAUCCUCAAUGGGAAAUGCCUGGUGAGGUAAUUAUAUCUUGUGUUCUCUAUUUUUUUCUAAUUUGCAUUAAGAACAUGUGUAAAGUAUGCAAACUAGCACCAAUUCAGAUCUACCACUGUCAUUCCAAUCUUGGAAUAUUGCUUUUGCUUUUACAUAAAAGUAAUGGAAAUGGAGAAUAUUUAUCAACUCCAGGAGACCACAGAUUUUUUUUUGUUUCAAAUGUGGUCUAAUUAAAUUCCACGGGGCUUUUGCUCUUGAGAAGAACAUGCAAUGAAGUACAACUAGAUGUGGUGCUAGGAUGCAUAAGUGGUACUCUUCAUGGUGCUGGAAGUUAUCUAUGCUUCACUCUAAAAUAUUUUAAAUGUAUAGAUUGUAAAAAAUACAAAAAACAUGUUUCAAGUGUAAAAUAUGUAUGUGCUUGUUCAGUUAGUGCUAAUAUCAUGUAUGUGAAAAUAAGAACAGAUGUGUGUAUAUAGUCAUAAAACGAUUGUUGUUACAAACUCAGCUUGAAGCUAUGACAGCUCUUGUGGGUUAUUAGUCAUUGUGAAGUUUUUUUUUCUUAUUUUAUCUGAAAGUUAUUUUACUCUUCUCUUGUUGCCAUCUUGGUGGCUGGGAAAAUAUACUUCCAAAUAAUAUUCCUCCAUUUGACCAUCUGUAUUGUCUAGUCUCCAAUUGUUGGGGCAAUUCUGUUAGUUUUCAUAUGACCUAUUUUUGUUAUUCAAUGGUCUUGUGAUUUUUCCCUGAUUUUUUCGUCGGCACUUUAUUUGCAAAUGUUACACAACUGCAGUGUCCGGCAUGUUCUUUCAGCCUUUUGACCAACUUUUUGUUGAACUGAUCAUCCAGUUACGUUUUGCCUGGAUCACACAGUAGAUGCAACUGGUUGUACCUAUUGGGCAUGAUGCUCAUUCAUCAGAUUCCAACCUUAUAUAUAUUUUUCUACAAUUGUGAAUGACAUGUGUGUGCCAAAAGUGGAUACACAUUUGUAUGUAAUAGGCAUUACUCCUGCCAUUAUCAUCAAGAGCUGACUGAGUAUAUUUGCUCUAUGUGGAAAGAUUCAUCACUUAUCACUCAUUAUGAUCCAAAGGAAAACUAUUUUUUAUUAUAAAUGUGAGAGGAAAUGCUUAUCUUUUCCCAACGCUGCUCAAUUUGAGAGGGGGGUGCAGUAGUUUUUGCUGUUUCCUAUUUUUCAAUUUUGGCUUUGAUAUUUGUUUGGAAAAGGCCUCAAAAAUUCUUGUAUUUCCAAUAGUUUUAUUUGCUUACAUAAAUUAUUGGGCUUGUAUCCUUUGAAUUGCAGUAUUACAUCAAGAUAGUUCUGAUGCCUUUUUACAAAUAGAACAAUUUUAUGGGCAGUAUCUUGCCUUGUCAUUUUACCAGACUAAAGAAAUAUGUUGGUGUGUGUGGAAGUCUUUCGGUCAGAGACCUACUUCACAGUCUAUUGAAUCUGUCCUCUCAUACUUUACUCAAACCUGUGUCUGUACUGUAGGAGUAAAUCUUACUGUUAUCAAUCCAAUGUAAUGAAGUUUAUUAAAAAUUUAUCAUGUUCUGAUUGUGUAUUAUAUAGAUGUGUGUAUAUGUAUAUUAGAUGCCUGCUAGAAUCAUUUGUUAUAUUGUGUGUUGUAGUUUAGUAAACUGGUGGGAGGACAUUCUAUACCUUCUUUGUAAAUGUGCUAUCUUUAUCUUUUGCUUUCUCUUUGCAAUUUAAAAGGGAAAGAAGUGAUUAUUAUUUCCAUACAACAAUUUUUUUGUGGUGAAAAGACUUUUUCUGGUUGAGGGUAUUACUUUUCCUUUUGUUUAUUUCUUUUAUUUUACCAACAAAAAAUAAGUCCAAAUCCUUACUUAUCCAUUAUAGGUUGUAAAAUGUACCUAUCUGUAAUUGGAAGAAGAUUGCUGAUUCUUAUUUUGAGUGAUCUACAAGUAGGGAAAAUGUUGUGGUAAUUGUAAAUCCCAAAGACAUUAUUUACUAUACUACAUGUGUAGGCUAACUUCGUAAAGUUCUUGUGAAUGUUGUUGUGAAGAGUUUUUUUUUUAUUGGUCCACAGUAACACAAGCAGUGAUUCCUAUACAUUAAGCCAAUUUUUUUUAAAAAAAAAAAUCCUUUGUUGUGUACGUUUAUAUUUCGCCCAUGGUGAGACUUUCCAAUUCUAGGGCAAUGUCUCUUCUCAUAGCAAAUGUAUGUGAAGUUAAUUUUGUGGCCAAGAGGUGCAACACAAAUAAGUCUUAAAGCAUUUGUCUGCUGCUGCCUUUUGCCAAUCAAGUCUGUGAGUGAACCGGGAACCAUUGAUAUCAAUGGUUACAUAACCAAACAGCUCUAUGUUACCACCAGCAGUCGUUUGAUUUCAAGUACUUUCAUAUCUACUUUGGCAUCUCACAUAUAUUACCAGUGGGUUGUUCCCCAAUGUAAUUUUAUACAUGUUUGUCCUCCAUAUUUUUUUGAGUUUAAAAGGAAAUCAUAAACUAUUAGUGAUUCCUGGGAGGCCUCCUGUUGUAAUUUUGCUGGAUUAUUUAAAGCAAGUUUAUGCGAAGAACUUUGUGUGCUCACACAUUUGCUCAACUUAAUUGUUCAAAAUUAACCUUCAGAUAGACCAAACAAAAAUUUAGUGUGAUUAAUGUACUUCAGGAUUGGUGUGAAUGGUAUGUGUGUUUGAGUAUCCUCUGUUCAUGUGCUUUAUUACAAGUAGCCUUUUGAACAGAAAUGAAUAUAUGGCCUCUCUAGGACAGAUUCUAUGUAGAAAAUGUAACAUAUUUAAGGAGGAAGCGCGUUAACAUCUGUGAUAUCAUAGACACUAGUGUACAUCAGCUAGUUCUAUCAAAGCUACAGGAAAGUUUUUAUGCAGAACUUUGUGAGAGAAACUUCAAUGUUCUGUUUGAUUCUGUUCCAGUUGCAGGAAAGGGUCAAAUAGUUGACCAAAGUAAGGAAAAUGGCAUACACCUAUCACAUUUAAAAUGAAUAUAUUUUUGUUCUCUUUUAACACUGUGGUUUCUAUAUGAACUGUGCUGAUUACUAUAUUUGUUUAUUCAAAGUCUAUUUUGACUGGUAACUUAUGCUGGUGCACAAAAAAGAAGGAACACGCUAAGGCAACAAGGAGGUAUUUUUAUCUUCUUCAGGCAACAAAUGAAAUUUAGAUAGGUAAAGUUCUCACAAAAGAAUUUCUCAUGUAUACAGAAAUCAUCAUUAUUUUUCUCAUUUUUGUGGGGGCUUGAAAACUGAAAUGUAUUGUAGAAGCUGUGUUUCUGUACAUACAUAUAUUAUAUACAUUGUUAUAUAUUUAUGCUGUUUUGUGUCUUAGAACUCCAAUUGAAUGUAUACUAGCUACAUACAAAUUAUCUGACAUUUAAUUGUGUGGUUAAAAAUGUUGGUUAGUGAACUUCAUGUCUCUUAAAUUUUGCUUAAUUUCUCAAUUGCUUUUAUCUUGGGAGUUGCUCUUCAAUGAUUCUAGAACAUCCACUGUGUUGAUAACUAACUUCUUAAUUUCUGUUCUUGCCUCAGCUCGCUACAGAGCUAAUGUCACCAGUAUUACUUUAAAAGUUAGUUUCUCACUUCAUUUGAAAUGACUGGAGCAAUUUAGCUCGAACCAUUGCUUUGUAUUUGCUGAACAUCUCUCAAAUCAAUUACUGAUCAGAUUCAAACUAGCUUGCUGUUGCUCUUAGGCAUCAAUUGUCAGCCAAUCUAUACGGGCAAUGCCUCAUCAUAUCCAAUAUUUGAAACAUUUAAUUUGACUUUCAUGUUGGCUCUGAAAAUCAAGGCUCGUAUAAGAAAAAAGUUGUAAUCUUUCCGUUUAUGAAUGAUGACUAUGACUGAUUAUCAAUUAGUAAAUUUGCUUGCCGGUAAGCUGUCUAGUAUGGUUUCUUGAGAAAUUUGUAGAAACUGUGGAGUACAAUGUUGUGCAUGUUGAUAUGAAAUACAAACACCCAGAUGAUCAGUAGGCAGGAAUCACAUUUAAAUAUCUUUGGCAAGAUAUUACAAAUAUUUUAUCAGAACAGGGUUAUAAAGGCUUUGGAGUAAUAUUCAUCCUUAUGCCUGUAUGCUGAGUACUAAAAGUCAUUACUCUCUGGACUGAUGAAUGGCACAAUCUUCUUAUUAUAUAAUUGACUACAAUUUACCAAGCUAAUAUUAGUUGGCAGCAUUAAUUGUGGUGGUGUUCCUUUCUGUCAGUGGGUGAGCUGCUUUUCAAUUGUAUACAUCUUCAGACCAAACUGAGUCAUGUGGAAUGUGCCAUGUCGAUUUGGUAAAACAAAAAGUUUAAAACAAAAAAAUAAGCAUCUACCGAAUCUGUUCAGUCAUUCCAAGAAACUUCAGGUGUUAUAGUUUAUCAGGAUUUAUAGUUUAUAAUGGUAUAUUAUUAUGUUUUAAGGUUUUGUGAUUACUUUCUUCAGUCAAAAAAAUUGAAUGUACUUUAAUUGUAAGCAAGUACCUGCACCAAACCAGGUGACGUGUAAUGUGUGAAAGUAUUCCAUCACAGUAAAGAGCUGGCAUCUUCAUUCAUGCCAUCAAAUCGGCUGCAUUACUAUCUGUUAAGCGUUAGUAUACCUGAUUGGAGAGAAAACCUAGACCUGAUGAAGACUGGUAGUAGUGUUUCUAAAUGUCGAAAAUGAUAAAAGUAAUGCAGGUAAUUUGGUGGCGCAACCUUUGUGCACAAGUAUCCCCUUAAGUCUUUAAUGAACUGCAAUGUACUAGGAGGUUUUUCAUUACUUACUCCUCAACAUUAUCAAUCCUGUUUUCAGCAAUUUCCAAAGUUUAAUGGAAAAGACUCAUGCUGAAGUUCCCAGGGUAUUACUGUACCUGAGUUUAAACCUCUAUUGUGUCAUUUUUGUGCAUUGCACGCAUCAUUAUGAAAACCAUUGUGAUAAUUGCUGCAACAUCAACAUUUCCAUUUUUGUUUUUCAUCUCUGUUGGAAGUUGCAGCAAAAUACUGUGAAUACAAAGUGGGGCAGAACUGAAAGUAGAUAUUUCUUUAUUGAAUGGUGAUGCCAGCCACAAAGUAAAACUUUCUUACCACCUUAUAGUGCAAAUGUUGAGAACUAUUGUGUAUGAAUUGCUGUUAGAUCUGCCAGAAUGUUAUCUUUUACACGUAUGUUACCAUCAUAUGCUUUCUAGUUGUGGAAAAAAAUGUGCUACUUGUGGCUCUUGUAUCCCUCCAUCCAUCAUUUCAAUUCUCAUCUCAGGCUAAGCAGACUUUUUAACAUGUGAAAAGUGAGGGUUCUUUUGAAUUUUAUAUUGCUCCUACUACUUAACUGUUUAUUAUUAUAAACAUCCAAUUCGUAUUGUUGUGGCAUUAGUCAAAGUUGCCCUUACCAGCUAAAAUUGUUCUGUCAUAAUUUUACUUCACCAUCUCAUCCUCAUUUGUGCAGUUUAUAUUUCUAUGAACAUAUUUGAAGAUUUUGGUCUUUUAGGUGAGGUUUGUGUGCUGUCAAUCACUUUCAUGUAUACAUUAACUAAAUCAUAUAUAUGUUAUCAAUUAUCUCUAUAAAUAUGUGUGAAUAGAGUAGUCAGUCUUAGCAGAGGGGGCUUUGUCAAAGAUACCCCUCUAAAAUAAAACUUCUUUGUUUUAUCAAUAUGUUUUUUAUUGAUUUGGGAUUGACAUGUAACUUGUGUGAAUCAUUUCAUCUGUGUAACGUACGGUAUUAUUUCACUUUCUUUCUGAUGUGUGAAAGUUCAUGAAAAAUAACAAUUUUCUCUGACUGUAUAAGAACAUCUCAAGAAAUUGGCAUCUCUUAUUCUGGUUCUAAACUUCAAAUUGUGUUUAACAUUCUCCUAAGCUUCAUUUGGUGUAUUUUGGUUUUUGUCGGAUGUAACGUGAUGCCAAUAAUAAUAAUAAAUAGGUUCAGAAGAAAG